AUGAUGAAAACGCGGGUGACAUUGAUAGAAUCAAAGGGAGAAGACCAUGGCUUCCACCUGUACAACCCACUGCGUGCGACCAGCAAGAUCCUCAUGGAGAGCAUCGUACGGUUCAUCAACCAGCGCACAGCCUUGCCGCUGCCAAAACUUCACGAGCUGCAUGCAUGCCAAGGUAAGAGGAAGGCAUCGUCUCCGGGUGACAUGGACACAGCCGUCCAGCAUGUUCUAGGCGUGCCAACCAGGCCGUAUAUAGACGUACAUGGCUAUGGGACGUCCAUGAGAGUCACAGAUGUGACACGUAGUAGUUGCUUACGCAUUGGAAAUGGAAGAAAAGCAUCCAAAACAAGUUUUGGGUUGUUUUUGGGGCAUGUUAUCAGGCCAAACAUCACCAACAUGAGGUUCUCGUCAUCAGCAACAACAGCUCCUGAGACUUGUCUUUUUCACACCUUCAUCUAG